AUGCUGGCAGCGAGGCGCGUCAUUGAAGGUUUCACAGCCGAUAACGACGGUGUCAUUCUGUACCCGAUUCCAGAUUCAAGCCCUCAAGGGGGCCGAGACUACCAGAUGACAGUGCUGUUGAUGAUUGGGAAGUCCUCAGUUCCGACGGCACAUCGCCUCGCAUGCGGACUCGAUCGCUGCAACAUCGAGAAGACGCUCGACCAGCGAAUAGACGACUGGAGCUUCGAAGAGGACAUCAUGGCGCAGAUCGAAGGGAUGCUCUUGAGGCACACGGCCCCUGCAGUUCAAUUGGGUUUCGGGCGGGCGAACUUACCGGCGAAGUUCCACGCGAUCAUGCACCAGCUGUUUCUCCUCAGCCCAGAUGUUGCCACCUUCGCGCAGCUCGUGAAGGACGUGCCCGUCUGGCUGUCGGAUCAAGGCACGGAGUCUGGGAUUGCACGCAUCGAGCCCAUCACGGUGGAGAAUGUGCUGUCCUACAUGAUCGACAUGAGCAGGAGCCUCGAGUUCAGCGGGGCGCUUCACUUGAACCACAAUGCUGGCAAACACCUUGCAGAUGUGAUGCCAGAUUACACGGAGGCUGUCAGGAGACUCAGUAAAGUGGCAGAGCUGUUGGACAACCCUGAGUCGAAGGAGCGGCUUGAAUCCACGUGCUUCUCAAAUUCGCCAGUCAUGAAGGUCUUGUUUGAGCCCAUCGAGAAGUUCAAGGGCCACUGCCACGUCGAGCGAUGGGGCACAGUUGCCAACGCCGUACUCCACAUCACAGGCGACGUCGAGGCGGGCUUGCGUUACGGCUGGGACUGCCUCAAAUACAACCACGGCAAGAAGAACAGAAUCGUUGAUGGUGAUAACAACGACGUCGGCGGUGUCAAAUUGAAGGACCUAGAUGAGACCAUCAAGUCGCCGUUUUGGUGGGCUUACUGGCGCAUGCUGGACAGAAUUGCACAAGCACUGUUUGACAUACUCAGGUGGUGCGAGUCGUGCUCUUGCCAUUUCGACUUGCUUGAGGAGUUGCGCGCAGGAGACCGCGGCCACGACGAGGAGGUUGUCAAACGUGUUCGCGAUCGAGCCUCGAAGUGCCCGUUGAGAGGCAUGCGAUGCCAUGAUGUAUGCGCAGGUGGUCUUCUUGAUUAUGUGAAGCAGCGCCUGAGCUACCACGUCGCAGAGUUCGCCAGUCAUCUGCCUAACGACAUCGGGCAGCCCGAUAAGCAGAGCAUCCUCGAGCAGUGUGAAAGUGGCAGGGCUCACAUUGUCGCCUAUUACACGGUCAAGUUGGCGCACGGUACUUCGUCUACUUACAGCAUUAUUGGGAUGGCAUGUGGAAGCCAAGAGAGAGCCCGGGCGUGUUACCAACAAGUACUGCGCAAGUUGGGCAAGCAUGCUGCUACUGACGCUUUCCUAUCAGAUGCACGCGCGCAAGAAGAAGCGAGGGAGUGGGCAGCGAAUGGAUUUGAGCGAGCCUUUCGGGACGCCGCUGAUAAGCCACAUCUUCGGUAUUGGAUGGGCCUGUAUCGUUUCGCGCCGAGUGCAGAAAGAGUUGUUGAGGGUACCCAUGCCAAGACGAAGCACGAGGUUGUCAGGGCUCCGCAUCAUGGAAAUGCAACGGUCAGCUUGUCGAAUAGGAUGCAGAACCUCAGCAAGUACAUCACGACGAGUCUACAUGCCUUCCUCACCUUUGCAAAGGAUGUCCAGGACGUGAAUAAUGGCCGAAAAGCGUGUGAGAUUCUUGGCAUCGCAAAGCACCCAGAGUCAGAACGUGCUGUGCGGACGGGGGACUCAGAUAAGAUUCACUGGCAAGUGCUCUACCAUGCAGACGCCUUCACCAAGUACAGGAUGGAGCUGCCCAAGAUCGAGGUCACCAGCGCCAACUUCAUCGAGCACCCGCACAAGAUCCCUUUGAGCGAGUCCGACUGCGCCUGCAAGAGAGAUGCUUUUGUGAACCAUGUGAUUAACGCAUUGAAGGCUGACGGCACGGUGUACAGCAUGCCCCUUCAGCACAAUGCCAUCGUAGAGCUGCACAAGCUGUUUCAAGCAUUCGAUCCAGAACAGCAGCCUGUUGACGAGGGCACCUGGCAGGCGGCCCUGCCCUUGCCUCAGAGCGGUGACGACGAGAUCCUCCGCAUUCCCCGGCCGAAGAUAUCAGGCCAAGUGCAACUCGGAGGCGUCAAAACCUUCGUGGUGCACAAGCUUCUGAGGCACAACAAGGCUCAACAUACUUGUGCAGUUAGCGCCAACGCGGUGGGCAAGGAGUUUGGCGACGCCGCUGAGCCAUGUGCUCUUCAUCCAGCUGCGCUCUCGCCAGAUAUUUUGUCUAAGAUAUGUUCCUGGAGACGUUCCAACAACGAGUUCUUUGAGGUGAGAUUGCCUGAACACAUCAUGUCGCAGAUUCCAGUGGAGGAGAUGGAGAUGUUUGGGAUGGCGAUCCACACGCUUCUGAAGUACCCGAACGGUUGCAAUCGGGAGCAGGUCGUGCCUGAACAUCCCCUACGGCCAAUCCAGGAGCUCAUGGGUACGCUGUGCAAAUUGGGCCUCUGGGAAGGACCGCCGUACAAGAUCACCGUCAUGGGGAAGGCGCUCCUUGAAGUCGGCAUCGGCUUGAACUGCCCAACGCCGCUGCUGAUGCCGCACAAACGCACCAAUGACAUCAACGAGGCAACCCUCGCACAGCUGAUCUUGUACAUGGAGGAGACGGGCUGGGUUAACUUCGACUUAUCAACGUCAUGGACCGUGGUCGUCAGAAGCUCGCCUGGCACGCUUGGGAAGAGGGGACAGUUGUUGCUUACCAAGAGCCAGGGUAAGCAACAACUAUCACUUCUUAGGGCUAGGGCGGGCGAGGCCAGGCGAUGCUUCAGAUGUCCACCAAGGGAGAAAGCAGCGGCGGUGGAGAAGCCGCACACUCCUGGGAUCGGUAAGAAGUGGUAUUCAUUCAAAGGGCAUUCGGUUUCCAAAUACUACCUGCUGGCGCUGAUCAAAAGUGAGGAUGAGGAGACAAUGACCAUCGAGGAAGUUCGCCACUUUGCCCCGGCUGCAUGGUACAUGAUGGUACUCGGCAUUGAGCAGCCCUCUCGUCGCCAGCCCCAGGUGCCCAUCAUCGGCGACGAGGACUGGCCUGGGGACUCCCUGCCGCAGCCUCCAGCCGCGAAGAGGGCGCGCGCCUCGACGAGGGGGAUCAGGAUCAUGAAGACCCCCCCAGCCCCAGCAGGCGGAGACCACGAGGAGGCCGACGCCGACAAGGGUGACGACGGCAACGCUGACGAGGGCGCGGAGGUCGUGGAGGAAGAUGCGGAGUCUUCAUCAAGCGAGUCCAGCACAUCAGAUUCGACCAUUUCUUCAAGAAGGUCUUCUUCCAGCAGCGAAUCUGCUUCACCGUCUGACGGUGAAGAUGAUGAUGACUCUGAGGGGGGAGGCGACAGCGACGAGGACAAGCAGAAGGCGCCGCGCAAGCCGCGUGGGCCGAAUCGGUUCCGAUCUUACGAGGACGAACAGGGCAACAAAUACUUCAAAUGGGUGUCGCUCUUCAGGUUGCACAGCAACGUCACUGGAGAGUUCACCGGGUGGAGGGCAAGGUGCAAGCGGCCAGGACACACUGGCAAGGGCUGCAGCAAGAGCCAGACAAUCAACAGCGAUGGUGGAUCUGAGGGAGCGCAGCGCCGCAUGCCGCACUGGGCUUGCCUUGGCGACAGCUGCGGCUCGAAGGGCCAGCACGUGGACGCCUGGGCCGAGGAUCUGCAGCUCUGGGACGACGGCCGCAUCGACGAGCUGGGCGCCUUGGAGCGUGAGGCGUGCAAUCCUUGA